UACACGAACAAGCUGGUUAACAACGAUACAAGCAAUGGGGCGGCCAAGAAGAAUUUUGAGUUUGCUCCUGGUAAGUCUGAUAGCCCAGGCGAGAGGAAUGCCUCGGGCAGAAGACGAUUCGGGAUGUCUGCCACAAAGUGACCCCAACUACAAAAUAAACGUGCCACACCCAACAGACUGCACCAAGUACUAUUCCUGCGCAAAUGGGCAUGGAGUACUGAUGCCGUGCCCGAGUGGCACAGAGUUCAACCCAACCCUGAUGAUAUGUGACUGGCCAGACCAAGCAGGCUGCGCAGCUCAUCAGCCUCCAACAACAACAACAACUACUACUACUACAACUGAGUUGCCAACCCACACUCCUUCAGUGCAACCAACAACUACCACAACAUCAACAACUGAGUUGCCAACCCAAACUCCUUCAGUGCAACCAACAGAAGAACCAACUAAUCCUCCUACUCAGCCACCAACGAACCCUCCUACACAAGAACCAACUGAUACUCCCACAGAGCCAACAACAGAGGAGCCAAUAGAAGACCCCACAGAAGAACCAACAGAGGAGCCAAUAGAUGAUCCCACAGAAGAACCAACAGAGGAGCCCAUAGAAGACCCCACAGAAGAACCAACACAGGCACCAAUAGAAGACCCCACAGAAGAACCAACAGAGGAGCCAAUAGAAGACCCCACAGAAGAACCAACAGAGGAGCCAGUAGAAGAUCCAACAGAAGAACCAACACAGGAGCCAAUAGAAGACCCCACAGAAGAACCAACAGAGGAGCCAGUAGAAGAUCCAACAGAAGAACCAACAGAGGAGCCAAUAGAUGAUCCCACAGAAGAACCAACAGAAGAGCCAAUAGAAGAUCCCACAGAUGAACCAACUGAGGAACCUAUAGAAGAUCCUACAGAAGAACCAACAGACAAACCAAUAGAAGAUCCUACAGAGGAACCAACUGAGGAGCCAGAUGAAGAUCCCACAGAAGAGCCAACAGAUGUUCCCACAGAGCCACCAACAGAAGAGCCAACAGAUGUUCCCACAGAGCCACCAACAGAAGAGCCAAUUGAAGAUCCCACAGAACAGCCAACAGAAUCUCCCACAGAAGCACCAACAGAAGAACCAACUGAUGCUCCUACAGAAGUUCCAACAGAAGAACCAACAGGAGAGCCAACAGAAGCACCAACAGAAGAGCCAACAGAAGAACCCACAGACUCACCAACAGAAGAACCAGUAGAAGAGCCCACAGAAGCACCAACAGAAGAGCCAACUGAUGCAACAACAGAAGCUCCAACAGAGGAGCCAACAGAAGAACCACAAGAUCCAACAGAAGCUCCUACAGUAGUGCCAACACAAGAACCAACAGAUAUUCCCACAGAAGAACCAUCUGAGGCUCCUACAGACGUACCAACAGAAAAACCUACAAAUGCUCCCACUGAGAUGCCAACAGAAGAACCCACAGAAGAACCUACACGUACUCCAGCUACCAACCCACCCACAGAAGCCCCAACAACAAGGCCAACUAUAACUGAAAUUCCUUCUACCGCCACUCCUUCAGAUGUGCCAACAGUAGCUCCCACAAAUCCACCUACUACUACUACUACUACUACUACAACUACUACAAUAAAGCCAACUAAUGUACCAACUGAUGCUCCACCAACCAUUGUCAGUCCAACAUCUGCACCAACAGUAACAACAACGAGUGAACUGCCUCAAAGUACGACUCCCAGCUUACCACCUACUACCACCACUACAACCACUACUACAACCACCUUGAGACCACAUAUACCAACCAGUUCUACGACGACCACAAGUACAACGACCACUACCACGAUUCGCACCCCUACCAGACCUAAACCAUCUUUGGGUUUCUCGUUCUGGCCCCCAACGCCACGUCCUUUCUGGCGUAGGUGGUGGCGAAACUCGCCAUCAAUAAGUUCUGGCUCUCACGCCAGGAGGCAUUGGCUGUGGUAGGCGUCGGCAUGGCGACUGUGUGCAGAUUGUAACUGACACUCAGCGUAUUUCACUCUUUGUCGUGACUUGCCCUAUGUAACUACGUACCUCUGAUCAAGGAUCUUUAACUAUGUAUUCCUGUAUUUUUUUAGCUAUAAGAUGCAACUUUGAAAAAUUUUGUAGUGCUAUAUGCUUGUCAUUCCACAAUUCUGCGAAGAAAUAAUUAAUAACAGAUUAAAGCAUUUUCCUCUUCAAAAGAUCUUUUAUUGUGUAUUCCGUUAGUUUUUAGCUAUAAGAUGCCACCUUGACAAAUUUUAUAGUGCCAUAUAUUUAUCAUUCCACAGUAAUGCGAAAGAAUUUGUGUUGUUUGUGAUGAAUAAUAUAGCAAAGCGUUUUCCUCUACGAAAGAUCUUUUAUUGUGUACCCCUGUAUUUUAUAACUGUAAGAUAAAAUCUCGAAAAAUAUUUUGUGCUGUAUUUUUGUCUUUCCUUGAU